AUGGCCUCGGUGUUCAUGCGGAUAUUCAACCUCAUCUGUAUGAUGUUGUUAAUCGGGCACUGGUCUGGGUGCCUACAAUUCCUCGUCCCAAUGCUGCAAGGAUUUCCGCCAAAUUCUUGGGUCGCAAUAAAUGAAUUACAAGAAGCCUUCUGGUUAGAACAGUACUCGUGGGCUUUAUUCAAGGCAAUGUCUCAUAUGCUGUGCAUUGGAUAUGGUCGAUUUCCUCCACAAUCUCUCACAGACAUGUGGCUUACUAUGCUUUCAAUGAUCUCUGGAGCCACUUGUUACGCCCUUUUCCUGGGGCAUGCAACUAAUCUUAUUCAAAGUCUUGAUUCAUCACGCAGACAAUAUCGUGAAAAGGUAAAGCAAGUAGAAGAAUAUAUGGCAUAUCGAAAACUGCCACGAGAGAUGCGUCAACGAAUCACCGAGUACUUCGAACACCGAUACCAAGGAAAAUUCUUCGACGAGGAAUUAAUUUUAGGCGAAUUGAGCGAAAAACUGCGAGAGGAUGUCAUCAAUUACAAUUGCAGAUCUCUUGUCGCUUCGGUGCCAUUCUUUGCUAAUGCUGACUCUAAUUUCGUCUCAGAUGUAGUUACAAAAUUGCGUUAUGAAGUCUUCCAACCGGGUGACAUUAUUAUAAAAGAAGGAACCAUCGGGAACAAAAUGUACUUCAUACAAGAGGGUAUUGUAGAUAUCGUUAUGGCAAACGGUGAAGUUGCGACCAGCUUGUCAGAUGGGUCCUACUUCGGAGAGAUUUGCCUUUUGACCAAUGCCCGGCGAGUCGCUUCCGUCCGCGCCGAAACUUACUGUAAUCUUUUCUCAUUAUCCGUGGACCACUUCAAUGCUGUUCUGGAUCAAUAUCCACUAAUGCGACGAACGAUGGAGAGUGUCGCAGCUGAACGUCUGAAUAAGAUCGGCAAAAAUCCAAACCUUGUCGCGCAUAGAGAAGACGAUACGACAUCAGAAGGCAAUACGAUAAAUGCUGUGGUUAACGCGUUGGCAGCGGAAGCGGAGCACGUUAGCCUUUCAGACGAUAGCGUAGCGCGUUUGUCAGAAAGAUCCCUCGGACUGGCUCUGCAACCGUUGCAAGCAGCUUCGUGUCGUAUGGCGGGAGUCGCGUUACCGGGCUUGGGCGUAGCGGCUGCUCUACCACGUCCUAAGUCCGAACAUGAUUUUAGUUCCGCGCAAUCUCAACAGCCGCCUUUAACAAGCACCGCUGCCUUUCAUAAAUCGGACGCCGGAAUCGCCCCC